AUGGCGACUCUCAAAAAUGACUCGUCUCGGGCUGAGACUACGACAGGGAAUCUAUUCCAAGGUGCACGAUUCUGGCUAUCUCUAACUGUUCCACAAAGGUCGAGGUUUAAAGAAUUAAUCAAGAAAUAUGGUGGCACCGUUGUGCUGAUGGAGAAGGAUGCCGAUGUCAAGCUGGUAGAUCACACGAGGAAAGACCUGCCUAGUGACACCUUCUCCUAUCAAUAUGUAGAGCGUUCUAUCAACAAGGGACGACUCGAAGAUCUAGAAGCCCACCGGGUUGGGCCAUCCGCACCCCGUCCAAUGGGUGCAUUCAACAUCCCCACGAAAAGCACAAGAUCAUUCUUUACUCUGAAAGAGGAUCAAAUUUUGUUUGAUUGGAUUGCACACUUUGAGCAAGAGCCAGGAGCGCCUGUCCAAGGCAAUAGAAUCUACCAGGAUUUAAGUGAACUGUUUUCCGCUCAUCCAUGGCAGUCCUGGCGUAGCAGAUAUAUGAAGCACCUACGUGGCAAAGGCCGCCCAGGGGGCGGCACCCCAGUACCAUACACCGAGCUUGUACAGUCUGCACCACCUCAAGGAGAACGCCCAAAGACCUUACCUGCCCGAACUUCUCCAAAAUAUUCCGCAGCAAAACCAACCCCAAGAGUCCCUCAGCUGGCACCAUCUGCUCCGGUCCAAGCAGGUACAACAAACAGCCCAAAACGAAAACGAGAUCCGGUCCCUGAACUGCCAAAUCAACGGCGGAGAGACGUUUCACCUAUGAAACGAAGAGCAAUUGAAGCUUCUGCAACUGCAGACCCUUCCUCACGCCAUCCCCGUCCUGAUAACAGUGGACCCCAACUAGACUCAUCAAACAUGGCAGCCACACCACACUUUACUGCACGCCCAGAAAGAAGCUCUCCCGGUAGCUCACUGUCAGAUAUAGGACUGCUUCAAGGCCUUGGCAUCCCAGAUCUCUUCCCAGCUACCAACCCUUCCGUACAAACGCCUCCCCGCGUCACUCAAGAGACUCCACAAAAACCACCAAAUGCAAUAGAAUUAUCAGCGCCGCCAGCUCCACCACGACCAUUGGGGGACAAUGCUUUCGCACAGUCCAACCGAUUCAAGGAACAAGCACCGAAUCUCAGACCACCAGUCAAAGAUAUCUUCGAAGACCCAGUGGACCCCAUUUUUCUAGAACUCCCAUUCUUACCAUCAAGCCCAGCAUCCGAGGUGGCCGACGAUGACACUGAUACCUCAGAUGCGCCCGACGUCGAUACUUGGAUUGAUCAACGCUUGGCUCGAGGUGCCAAAGAAUCGCACGUGUUCGAAGCUCUGCGAUGUACAAGCAUGGUUCCCGAUAUGGCAGAUCAGGUUCUCAAAUGUCUUGGCGCUGGGAAGGGAAUUCCCGAUGAUAUGCCCGGUGUCUGGACAGCCGAGGAUGAUGACUGUUUGCAGGCAGAAGAAUAUUCUCGUGUACAGCGAGCGUUAACGAAACACGGCGCGGAAGCGUAUAAGGAUAGAUGGGAAUAUUUCAGCAUGGCCCGGCAGACAGGGCUCAUUGAAUGA